UUUUUUUUUUUUCUUGUCUCAGGACGCAGCGACGCAUUUCUUGAGAGCUCAUCAUCAGCAAAGUUCGAGAGCAUCCGGCAGCGUUUUAGCUCUCUCACCUGUCUUGCUUUUUUCAUCGCCUGCUCUGCUGGUCGGGCACGUUUGGUGCGAGUCCUUGGUGCCACUUUUGCCUCUGGGCUUGAGCACCUUGUGUGUGUCCCGCCGUUGUGUUAGGACACCCUGGCGUGUCCUUCGUUUUUCAACCCACGAACUUGACAUUGCAACCUCGCUGGCCCCUGCCACAGCCUUCUCUCCCCUUGCCCAAGCCCCCGCCUGGCUCCGCUGCAAAGCUUGAGAGGCCCUUCUUGGAACGGUGUCGCCUCCCUCCUCCAUCGCACACACACACACACACACCGGCUACAACACAGCACGCGAUGUCGGACCGCAGGAGAAGUUCGGGUUCGUCCGAGGACGAGGCGCAUGCUCCUGAUUACCCCUCUUUUGAUCCUGUGGCCGUCAAACUCGCCCGAAAACAAUGGAAGCGUGUCGUGCAGCUCGUACCCAAUUGGCAUGAAGUCUUCUUCAGUUAUCUCUUCGAACGGGCUCCCUACGCUCGCACACUCUUUCCCUUCGACGUCGAUCGCCUGCAAGGCAACAGCAGCCUCGCUGAACAUGCCAAGCGCGUUGGUCAGGCUCUAGAAACUGCCCUACAAGGCCUCUUUGAGUACUACUCCCUUGUUGAGGUGCUGGAAAAACUCGGCCGACGACACUUCAAGUAUGGCGUCGAGCCCGAACACAUUGACCUCUUCGAGGAAACCUUUUACAAAACACUGGCCAUCGGCCUCGGCAAGAAGUGGAACCCUGAAGCCCGACGUGCUUGGGAAAUCGUCUGCGGGCUCAUUCUCUCUCCGAUUCGCACGGGGAUUUUGCAAGCUCGCACCAAGGCCAAUCAUCUCAGGGCCAAAGAGGCGGAGCGAAAGCGUCAGCUCGAAAUGGCUGCGGCGCGCCUUGAAGGACGAGUCGCAUCGAGUGGCGUGCAAUUCUCCUCGGACACUGAGCGCUCGCGGCGCUCCACCGCCGCCUCUGCCACCGCCACACCACACUGUGGCCUCAAAAGCAACCGCUUCUCAUCUAACUCCCUUCGUAAAACCAUCCUCUAG